CACCAUUGCAUCCUCGCCCAAAUGGGGAUUACCUCCUCCUCGCCCUCAUCCUCCAUAGAUCCACAGCGCUACGCUGCGCUCGGGCUUACUCACGUUCAGUAUGACCCAGAGGACUCCUUUGCCAAGCUAUUGGCAAUUGUCACUCUAUCCCCCAUCUUCCUGCUUUGCUCUUAUGCGACCAUCAUUAUCUAUCGCAGGGAGCUGACUUUCCUCAAUGCCUUGAUCGGGCAGCUGGGCAAUGAAGGGCUGAAUUGGGGUCUCAAGAGGCUGAUACGUCAGCCGAGACCGACGACUCAUCUUGGAAAGGGCUACGGCAUGCCAUCCUCCCACUCACAAUUUCUCGGCUUUUUCUGCUCCUUCUUCCUCGCGCAUUUCUACCUCCACCACCCUAAAGCAGCAAGGCCGCGGACUCUAGUGAACACCAUGCGACGUGUAGAGCAUUGGUUCGCGAUGCUGGCCAUCGUGGGCUUGACGGGAUUGACGUGCUACUCAAGAUGGCACUUGAGCUAUCACUCAGGACUACAGGUGGGCAUUGGACUGGGAAUAGGACUGGUAGUGGGGGCGGGAUACUACUACUUGACAGAGUACCUGCCACGCCAGCCGAUUCGACUGCCAGCGCCCCUGGGCAGCCCAGCUUCUUCGCCCAAGGCACGCCGAGCUACUGCACGCGAUACUGGCAACAAUAGUGGCAGUAGAAGACGCAAGCCCUCUUCUCCUUCCCCUUCUCCCCCUGUAUCCGGCCAAAAGCGACAUCGACGCCGCUCCUCGCUCGCGGCCUCCCUCAUGCCCGAGCUCCACCCAUCCCCACCCCUGCGCCAGCUCAUCUUGGACCAUCCCUUUGCGGUAGCCUUCCGACUGAGGGACAGCUGGACUGUAUGGCUCGAUGGUGGGAUAGAGGGCGAGUACGAGGCGUGGAGGCAGGAGUGGGAGAGGAGAAGACGACCGGCUGGUGGAACGCCAGUCGGAUCCAGGGACGAGCCGCUUGCUGCGGGAGGGCUCAUCGAGACGAAUCAGAAGGCUAGCCUGGCUGCUCCAGCAGCUGCUGCCGCCCUCGCCUCCAUCACUGGCAGCUCAUCAUCUUCAUCAAGCACCACCAGCUCCGAGCCUCAUCUAAGCCACAUCAUCCACACUCUUCGGCUAGCCUCACUCUGCCCAUCAACCAAGACGGCAUUCUGUGUGGGAUGUGUAAUCGCUUCGCCUCAUACUGGACGCGUAUUGGCGACAGGCUACAGCAGGGAGACGGGAGAUGAGAGGAACGAGCAUGCGGAGCAGGUCGCGCUUGGCAAGCUCGCAGAGAGUACAUGUGAAGCGGGAGAGGGCGAGGGCGUAGUAGAACUCGACCUCUAUACAAGCAUGGAGCCAUGCUCUGAACGCUUAUCCGGCGCUUUGCCCUGCGUGCAGCGCAUUCUCGCCUUCAAUGAUGAGCAGAAACGAGCGCCGAGGCUGCGACCGAUGCGCAUCACACGCGUCUUCCAGGCCCUGCAAGAGCCAGACGACUUCAUUGCGACGAACGUGUCGGCCGGCCUAUUGAGAGACAACAACAUCAAACUGACCACAGUGCUGCCGCCGGCAGGGGAGCGCAACGGGGAAGGAAGCUGGAUUGAAAGGGAGGCAUUGCGACUUGCGAAGCAUGGCCAUCCAGACCAGCCGGUCGAGAGGGAAGGGGAUAGCAUCGGGUGGAGGGAAGCGAAAGGUGGUAGAUGACGCUCGCAAGGGGGCGGUGUGGGGUUGCUGUGUCUUACUAGAUAUCAAAUUGAAUGACGCAGCCAUGUGCCUCGCGUCUACAGCAAAUUGGCUGUCUGGCUAUUCCAAGACAUGCAUGAGUGCAUGCCCCUCAGAUCUGCCCCUUGAUGUCCACCUUGCGAUACUUCUCUCCCGCAGCCAUCACACCUGGCAAAGCAUUCUUGCAGUCCCACUUGC